AUGGAAGAGGGCAGAGCGAAGAGGGGAGGGGAAGGAAGAAUAAAGAGGAGCGAGUACGCGGAGAACAUGGCGAACGAGGCCGAGAGGAGAAGUAGAGAGGCCAGUCUGGUUCCGCGUGUUGCCCGGGGGUGCCAACCGCAGGAUAAUAAUUUUAUAAUUGGGGGAAUUACUCUGGCUCGCCGUGGUACAGUCCCUGUACGUGGCGUGGGAGGGUCCACCGACAUUGUUUCCAUCCGGACGGACGGGACGGGGAUCUCUUCACCGGCUGUAUCUUCCUUGGGACGAAGCCGUGGUUUUUCGCCACCCCAUUCUACAAAAAUGGAAUGCUCAAAUUAUCAUGAUGCUGAGAAGAGAUAGUAACGAUGAAAAUUAUACGACU